ACUUUGCGCCAAGCUUCUGGAGUUCCUGCUGCUGUGAGCUGUCACCCAUCGCUGGACUCUGCACACAGUGUUUUUUGCCUUGUAAGAUCAGAGGUCCAGACCGCUGUGGGCAGGCUUUGCUGCAGAUUGGAAUUAACAUGAUGGCACUGCCUGGAAGCCGCCACCUGGAUUCCAUUCCUCUGCAAGAGCAGAGGCUACACUUCAUGCAGGUGGACUCAGUUCAGCGCUGGAUGGAGGACCUGAAGCUCAUGACCGAGUGUGAGUGCAUGUGCGUCUUGCAGGCAAAGCCCAUCAGCCUGGAGGAAGACACGCAAGGUGACCUUAUCCUAGCAGGUGGUCCUGGCCCAGGAGAUCCUCUACAGCUGCUCCUGAAGCGGGGCUGGGUCAUCAGCACAGAGCUUCGGAGGAUCGGGCAGAAGUUGGCCCAGGACCGCUGGGCACGUGUGCACAGCAUGAGUGUGCGUCUGACGUGCCAUGCACGCUCCAUGGUCAGCGAAUACAGCACCAUCAGCAGGACAGUCUCACAGGAAAUGGGCCAGGCAGAGAAGCUGCUCAUGGAGAAAUGUUCUGAGCUCUCUGCGGUCACGGAGAGGUGUCUCCAGGUAGAAAAUGAGCAUGUUCUGAAGUCAAUGAAGGCCUGCGUGAGUGAGACCCUGAGCAUGCUGGGCCAGCACUUUGGCCAGCUACUGGAGCUGGCCCUCACACGGGAAGUACAGGAAGGUGGGGUUGUAGCCCUCUUCAAGGUCUGCCGGCAGGACAACUUCCGGUGCUUGUACCCCCAGGCUCUCCGCACAUUGGCCUCUAUCUGCUGUGUAGAAGAGGGUGUCCAUCAGCUGGAGAAGGUGGACGGUAUCCUGUGCUUGACCGACAUCUUGACUGAUGACAGCCACUCGGAGGCCACUCGAGCUGAGGCUGCAGCUGUGGUAGCCCAGGUUACCUCCCCACAUCUGUCCUUCACCCAGCACCUCACUAGCUUCCUGGAGAACAUGGAGGAGAUUGUGACAGCCCUUAUCAAACUGUGCCAAGAGGCCUCGUCAGGGGAAGUCUUCCUGCUGGCCUCUGCGGCCCUUGCCAAUAUCACCUUCUUUGACAAAAUGGCCUGUGAGAUGCUUCUGCAGUUGAAUGCAAUCCGUGUCCUCCUGGAAGCCUGUGGUGACAAGCAGAGAGUGGACACCCCUUAUACUCGGGACCAGAUUGUAACCAUCUUGGCAAACAUGUCUGUGCUGGAGCAGUGUGCCUCUGACAUCAUUCAGGAGAAUGGUGUCCAGUUCAUCAUGGGAAUGCUGUCUGAGAAGCCAAGGUCUGGGACGCCUGCUGAAGUGGCAGCCUGUGAAAGAGUACAGCAGAAAGCUGCGGUGACCCUGGCCCGCCUCUGCCGAGACCCAGAUGUGGCCCAGGAGGCUGUGCGGCUCAGCUGUAUGUCUCGCCUAAUUGAGCUCUGCCGAUCCCCCUCUGAGAGGAACAGUAGUGAUGCUGUCCUGGUGGCCUGCCUGGCUGCCCUGCGUCGGUUGGCCGGGGUCUGCCCCGAAGGCCUUCAGGACUCUGACUUCCAGCAGCUGGUCCAACCGCGGCUUGUGGACUCCUUCUUGCUGUGUAGCAAUAUGGAGGAGAGUUUUGUGUAGUGAGCGUGGGAGAGAGAAGGCACACUGUGUGCACUUAACACGCUAGCUCUCCUUAGCUCCUUAUUUAUAUGUAAUUUAUUUUUUACAUGAAAUAGAAACAGAAAUCUUUAUCAGUGAGUAGCUGGUCCUUGGGGAUCCCCGCCCCCCUCUGACUUCUGUGGCUAUUUAGGUGCAGAAGUUGAAUUGUGUCAAGGCUAAUACGAAAGGUUGUCACAGGUGACUCCCCUUCAUGUUUCCUCUCUUCUCUGCAUAUAUUCUUGCCUAUUUAAAAAGGAAAACAAAACAAAAAAGCCCAACUUUGAACCAGGGCAUUUCAAUUGCCCAGCAUUUUUUAAAAGUUAGUUUUACUCUUUUCAGAAAUUUAAAGUGACUU